GUGAACAAGUCUUGCAUGGCGAACAAUAGAGUUGGGGAGACCGGUUUGACUGACUCGGGACCUUCGAAUCACCAUCAUGAUAUUCCUUAUGCAGUUCUUCAUGGAAUGAAUGUUCCCACAUGUUUCAUCCAUCAAGAAGGAUCUGCGUUUGGUUUUGGAGAGCUAGAAGAAGCAAUUGUGCUGCAAGGAGUGAAAACUCGAAAUGAUGAAGCUAAAGCACCUUUAUUCACAACAGGCAGACCAGCGGCUACCCUGGAGAUGUUUCCUUCUUGGCCAAUGAGAUUCCAGCAAACCCCAAGAGGAAGUUCAAAAUCAGUAGGGGAAAGCACUGAUUCAGGUUCUGCAGUGAAUACAAUCUCCAGCAAAACCGAGAAUCAGCUUGAACCGGAAUCGCCUAUCAGUACAAGAAAGACAACUCCUUUGGAUCAUCAACAAGAGAUGGCAAGUGAUAUCUCAAGAACUGGAACAUCACAGAAUCAAUCAAUUGCUAAACUACCCCAAGAAAAGAGAAGGGGUUCAACUUCUGAGAAACAGCUUGAUGCUAAGACACAGAGACGUUUAGCUCAAAACAGAGAAGCUGCAAGGAAAAGUCGUCUUAGAAAAAAGGCUUAUGUUCAACAACUAGAAUCAAGUAGAAUAAAGCUAACUCAACUUGAACACGAUCUUCAGAGAGCACGAUCUCAGGGUUUUUUCUUGGGAGGUUGUGCUGGUGCUGGUGGAAAUAUCAGCUCUGGGGCUGCAAUAUUCGACAUGGAAUACUCGAGAUGGUUAGAAGAUGAUCAGAGAAACAUGUCGGAGCUUAGAACUGGAUUAAAUGCACACCUUUCCGACAGCGACCUUCGAAUAAUCGUUGACAGUUACAUCUCACAUUACGACGAGUUUUUCCGGUUGAAGGCUGCCGCUGCAAAGGCAGAUGUUUUCCACCUUAUAACCGGCAUGUGGACGACUCCAGCGGAACGCUGCUUCCUUUGGAUGGGAGGCUUCAGGCCCUCCGAACUCAUCAAGAUGCUAAUAUCACAAUUAGAUCCAUUAACUGAACAGCAAGUGAUGGGGAUUUACAGCCUCCAGCAUUCUUCACAACAGGCAGAAGAGGCACUCACCCAAGGCCUCGAACAGCUCCAGCAAUCGCUGAUCGACACCGUUGCUGGCGGUCCGAACAUCGACGGAAUGCAACAAAUGGCUGUUGCCUUAGGCAAGCUUGCCAACCUUGAGGGCUUCGUUCGCCAGGGUGACAAUUUAAGACAUCAAACCCUUCACCAGUUGUCCCGGAUACUGACGGUUCGACAGGCAGCACGGUGUUUUAUGAUGAUCGGAGAGUAUUAUGGACGUUUACGAGCACUUAGUUCCCUUUGGGCGUCCCGUCCUCGAGAGAGCAUGAUGAGUGAUGAUCACUCGUGUCAAACAACAACAGACAUGCAAAUGGUCCAACCCUCACAGAAUCAUUUCUCAAACUUUUGAUAAAAGAAAAUUUCACAAAAUCAUGUAUUUUCCACGAUGAAGCUUCCAUGCAAUACAAUAUUAUAC